AUGCUUGCGUUCAAGAACAGUCUUAAUUUAUUAUUUCUCAGCAUUUCAUUCGGAGAUGCAUUUUUACUAGACAUUUUCAAAAUUUCAAAACUUAAAGACGUACGUAAGGCUUAUGAAGAGCAACACAAGAUAUAUAAUCAAGCCCCGCCGUACGUCGAUUGGAGGAAUAACGGAAAAGUAUCCCCUGUUAAAAGUCAACAAAACUGUGCUGCGUGCUGGGCCUUCAGUGUAGUUGGAAGCAUAGAGAGUCAUCUGCGUAUCUAUCUUCAACAAAACACUACAUUGUCUGAACAGUUUCUGAUAGACUGCGUCCCAAGCAGCAAUGGAUGCACUACAGGGUCCUUAAUCAAGACGUACGCUGAAAUCGUUUCAAUUCUUGGCGGUGUACUUUCUGAAGGCGAUUAUUUUCCUUACUCCAAUCAGAAGAAAGAAUGCAGAUGGAACAACAACGGCAUUAAAGUAGUGCCGGUGAUUGGUUUCAAACGCGUCUUUCCUAACGAAGAUGUCAUGGUUGAGUACGUAGCCUCCCAUGGGCCACUGUCAGUUGCAAUAAAUUCAAAAUCAAUGGAAAGUUAUAAAGGUGGUAUCGACGAGCCCACUGACGAAAAAUGUUCACCAGCAGAACUAAAUCAUUCUGUACUUAUCGUCGGUUAUAGUACUUAUGUUUCAAAGGAGACGGGUAAGUCCACUCCGUACUGGAUAAUAAAGAACUCGUGGGGAACAGAUUGGGGAGAUAAAGGGUAUUACUAUUUGGUACGUGGCAGGAAUGCUUGUGGAAUCGCUAGUGAUGUAUCCUUUCCUUAUGUUCAAUAA